UUUGCCAAUCUCUUGUCUUAAAGUAUGAAGAGGAAUCGUUGCAGACUAUUAGGAAGUCUACAAAAAAGCAAUUUUCGAGUAAUUUAUUAUCAUCCGUAUAAAAUUUACGGCCCCAGGGAAAUUCCUACUUAUUCGCGCCGUAGUAAAUUAUCGUGAGCGUCCCUUUAAAAAAAACGAGUAGUAUUAUAGUAGUUGUGUAGUUGGAAGCCGGCGCUAUUCAUUAAUUCGAUUAGUUGUAGAAAUUUUAGGGACUCCUCGUGCAGGAGGAAGGUGUGCGCGCAUCCCGUAUUAUAUAAUACUAUUUGUGUUCAGGUGCCAGUUGCGGCGAGGAUGUGGGGCAGGGCGCUGCUGCUCGUGCUAGUGAUAGCGUUCACGGCCGACGGCGAAGGCGUCCAGGAGUCAUCAUCGUACGACGCUCAGCUCAAAGUUGGACGAUCAAUUGACAUCUUUACGCGGUACGGCUAUUUGAGUCUCAGCAUGAAGGUGGUGCCGAGGAACGAGUCCGAUUCAAAUUGGAUCUUUCGGGAGCCAACCGUGGACGUUUUCACCGAUAUAAAUCCCUUAAUUAUUCGCCCCCAACUAGCCGGAAAGAAAACCGUGUUCGAGGGAGACUUUCAUAUGGAAUUCUGCGACAAUUUACGUCAAUUACUGCAGGCGUAUUUUAGAGACUUUACGUUUGAACGUCUGCAAAGGCCCUGGAGGGCUUUUGCUGCGAGCUGGACUCAAGAUAACAUAAGUAAAUAUUUAGGAAUUAAUUCUUCCUACGUACACGGUGAUCAUUGUUAUGUGCUAGUGCGAUUAUCGAGAUUCCGUGAUACCGCUAAGCUAUCGAGACUUCCUAAUAACAUUAGCAUUUCCGAAAUGGUCGAACGUGAGAUAGACAAUGUGCGUGUUGGGGAUGUUACCAGCGUCUUGGUGUUUAUGCGGAAAUAUGGAUCCCACUUCAUCAACUCCUUCGUUACUGGAAAUUCAUUGUAUCAGGUAAGAUUUUUUCCUCUUAUGUUUACUUUUCUUUUGUUUUCUGAAACAAUCCCCGACUGGUUCGGACUAUAA